ACCAAGUACAAAACGACACACCGAUUCACUUGUCGGUAUAUAAUAUCCAUUGAAGUCUCUGGUUUAAGGGUGUGAGAGAGAUGGGUGGUGUGGCAUGGACUGAGGAGGAAGACCAUUUGCUCAUGAGGUGUAUAGAGCAAUACGGUGAAGGGAAGUGGCAUAGAGUCCCCCAAUUAGCAGGACUGAACCGGUGCCGGAAGAGCUGUCGACUGAGAUGGCUAAACUACCUCCGGCCAAACAUAAAGAGAGGUAGUUUCGCCGAGGAGGAAGUGGAUCUCAUCAUCAAGCUCCACAAUCUCCUGGGCAACAGGUGGUCGCUGAUCGCGGGUAGGCUUCCCGGGAGGACCGCCAACGAUGUGAAGAACUACUGGAACUGUCACCUUAGCAAGAAGCUGGAUCCCCAACAGAUCAGAAACCAUGAAGAUAACGACUUGAACACAAAGGAUGGCAUCGAAAUCCUCAGUCCCAGCCAACCAAGGGACUUCGCCGCAUCAUCAGGAGGCUGGACACAGCCACCAACAGCUGCUCUUGAAGCUCCAAGCUCGGUGCAUCCCCCAAUGCCAGAAGAAAUUGGCACUUCACCAUCAUCACCACCACCAAUGUUGUAUGUUGAUCAGGAUGAAUUCAAUAAUAGCAAUCCUCCAUUCUUUAAGGAAGAUGGGCAUGUUCUUGGAGAUCUGGGCAUGGACUUGCACUUUGAUGGGUCAGCUGGGUUGAUGCAAAGCAGCAACCAGUGGGAUUGGGAUGACUUGAUUUCUGACAUGGAUCUUUGGGGGUGAAUCUUUUGUAAGAUCAAAAAGUUUGAUCGUUUUAGCUGGUUAAUUAAUGUGCAACAAAAAAAUGACUAUGGUGAGAAUAAGCAUCGAUUUGGUGUACC